AUUAAUUUUCUUUCCUGUGUGCUGUACGCCCAGCUCUGCAGCGAUCUCUUCACUCUGACAGCUCUGUAGAGCCCAGGGCCCUCAGGAGAGAUGAGGACACUGACUGUGCUGGGGCUCCUGGCUGCUGUGUGGGGAGCUUUGAGGACUGAAGGUUUCUCUGUGCAGGGCCCCAGGGAGCCUCUAGUGACCAGGCCUGGGGAUGAGGUGCUGCUGCCCUGCUCUAUGGACAGCGCUGUCCCCCUGCAGGAGCUGGAGGUGGAGUGGAGGAGGACAGAUCCAGACACCCUGGUGCUCCUGUUCUCCGGGGGGGAGAGCAGACCGGAGUCCCAGCACCAGAGCUACCGGGGCCGAGCGGAGCUCUUCCCUCAGGAGAUUCCCAGAGGAAACUUCUCUCUGCGGCUGGCCAACGUCACGGCUGAAGACACAGGAGUGUACAGGUGUGCCGUCCACACGGUGCAGGACUCUGGUCAGGCGACACUGGAGCUGAAAGAAAAUAAGAGUCUAGUUGUGACUGGAGCUGAUCGUGCUGAUCUCCUCCUUCUGCGGCUCUGGCUGGUGAAGUAUUGGCACUGCCUGCACCCCCAGUCCUUCACUUACAGACUCAGAGCAGAGGACACGGUUGCUGCACGUACAGAUGAAAGCAGGAAGCCGGGUUUUUCAAUGGUCUGUUCUGUUCUCUCUUCAGGCUUUUCUUCAAUACAUGUGGGGGCACUGGUCUUGGCCUUUUCUUUACCAGUACUUUUGAUUCUAAUGUUGAUUGGCUACUGUUUUGAUAAAGAUGAGCUUGUUAGGACCUUCCUCAUUGCUUCUAAUGUCGUAUUGUCUAUUUCAUUUGUCCUCUGGGGUGUAACUGAAGGGUCUUUGGAAGAAGUGAUCAUGUGUGUGACUGUUAAUCUUCUGAGGAUUGUACCAGUUCUGGCUUUUUUCAAUGUGGAGAAAUCAGUUUUCAUCGGUUUCUCAAUAAUUCGUUUUGUUGUGUUAACUGAGAUGUGGUCUGUUGCUCUGUGGGAGUACUUCAAGAGCCACACACCAGACACAGGUGUUAGAGCAGGUAUUGGACUGGCCUGUGCCUCAUCACUGCUCUCCUCUCUCUGCGGGGUUUAUAUUGAAGUGCGGAGGAAACACAUCUGGAGAACAGCUUCCUUCACUUGUUCAGCUAGCAGCAUUGUUGUCCUCGUCCUUUUCAGAGCUUCCAUAGAAAGGCUCAUAGUGGGUUAUCUGACUGCGCUGAUUGUAGCUCUUAUUGCCCUGGUUGUGUGUCUGACACUUCAAAGGAUCUGUUUAGCCUGGGGAGGAUGUGGAGCAUUCUGUAAGAAAGCUGAUGGUUUGAUUUUCUCCAUGCUUCUGGACGUGUUGAGCUCGCUGGUUCAGAACGAUGUCCUGGACACUCUCAGAGAGUUCUGUCGGAAAGGUGAAGCUGUGAUUGUCUCCAUGCUUCUGUUCGUGUUGAGCUUGCUGUAUCUGGCCAGUGACCUGGACACUCUCAGAGGGGGACCUGGACUCAUGUGUGAAGUCCUGUUUCUCUGGAUUCUGGCUGUUGGGACAGUCUUUACAGAGGAAGAUGGAGAUGAGCAUGAAGAUGCCCGAGCUCAGGUGGGGGUGUACGUGCUGGGGUCCUCAGUCCUGCCUGCGGUCAGUGCCAUUGCUCUCACUGCAGAGCUCAUCCUCAAGGCAGAUAAGGAGGAGAAGAACAGGUGA